UAAAUUUCAAAGGAAAUACUUGUCAGCCAUUGACGAUAGUUAGCCGGAAGUAAACGAUUUGUAAUUAUUGUAUUACAGUUUGAAAAAUUGUGCAAGAAAUGGAAAACAGCUUGAAAAUUUUCUUAGCCGGAAUUAGCCUGAUUUUGCUGAUGCAUUGCAGUCAAGCCAACCAGCCAAGACAAUUGGAAUGCUGGCACUGCAGCUCGGAGACCAUUGGUGCCGAGGACUUCUGCGACGUAACCUUUGAUGAGGAUAACAUUCCCAGGCCAGAAGUGAUGAAGGAACAUAACAUCAGCGUUUUGCGUAAUUGCAGCAGCACCACACAUUCGGAGCACGAGCGACCUGUUUGUCGCAAAACUGUGGAAGAGAUCAACGGCAAAACGAUCACAAAACGCUUUUGCUAUUACACCAACAAGUCGGAUUCGCUGGAGCAUUGCAUGGAGGAGCUAACCGAAAAUAAUGUUAAGCGAAUAUUUUGCCAGGAUUGUCUCACCGAUCAAUGCAAUGGUGGCGGCCAACAAUUUGUCUCAUGGCUCAGCCAAUUGCUACCAUUAGUGUUGGCUAAAGCGGUGUGCUUUUAAGUUAUAAUAGAAUUAGACAAAUUCGAGCUAUGGGCAGUUUUAG